AAAACCAAUCUCUACUCGUGUCGGUCCUGCAUACAGUCACGGUCACCCGUCCGGUUCUUAAAUCUACGGUAGAAAUGUUUUUGUUCCAGUUUUGUGGCGACGCGCGAUAGCUUUAUGCGAACCUUUAUGCAACUUAAAUCAAGGUGGAUAUAAGUACUUUCACUCUUGUGUGUUAUGUCUACUGUUACGUAAAUUGAUUCUUGCAUAUGCCGGAUGUAAAUUUACAACCGUAAACGCAGUAAUAACUCACCAGUGCGCGAAUUUGGGAUUGUCAUUACUAUAAGUUUUAAAAAUAAAAACACAUUUCAGUGCCUAAUUUUAUUAAUUUGCUUGGAAGUUACUUUAUUAGCUGACAAGGACGACGAAACUUUUAAGGGAUGACGGGUAAUUGAAAAUGGCAUCACCAACACCAUCGCUAGAAUCCUUACCAGCAAACUCAAUAGGAUCUUUUGGCGACCCAGUGGAUUAUUUGUCUUUAUCCCCUUUGGAAGAUUCUCCCCUUUCAGUAAGUGGAUCAUCUCCACCAGCGAGCGAUUCAGUAGACAGAGAUAGCGACCCGACAGAAAUACAUUGCCAGCAGUGCAGAGAACCGGUUACCGAUCCUAAACUACUUUCUUGUUUCCACACGUUCUGUAACCAUUGCUUGGAUCGUAAUAAGUUAGUUUGUCCUCGCUGUAAUACCGAAUCUAUAGAGGGUAUACUAAACAAUUUGCUGUUUACGGACCAGAUCGAAUCUUUUCAACCAGCAGCACCUCGUUGUACCGGUUGCAAACACAAAAAAUUAGACGCAGUUGCCCGCUGCGUAGAUUGUGCCAACUUACUUUGUUCGAACUGUCUAAUGGCUCAUCAAUUUAUGCAUUGCUUUGAAGGGCACCGUGUGGUCAGCCUCACCGAAAUCAAAGAUGAACCUAAAAACGGCUGUAUUUCAAAUACUACCAACCUGUCGAACGGUGCAAACACUGAUAAAAGUAUGUUCUGCCCCAGACAUAAGGCUGAAUUGAUCAAGUAUUACUGUAGGACCUGCUCAGUGCCAAUUUGUAAAGAAUGUUUAAAUAUGGAUCAUCCUAUGGGUUUGCAUGAGCAUGAAUUGAUUAGUGAGGCUGGUUCCAAACAAAUCGAAGCUAUCCAACAUGCUAUCUCAGAAGCUAAGCUGAAAGCUACUGACAUCAAAAACAUCUUAAAAAACAUUGAGCACGGAAACAGCCGUUUACAGGUGCAAUAUCACAAGGCCCAAAAUGAAAUUAAUGAAACUUUUCAGUUCUAUCGGUCAAUGCUUGAAGAACGCAAGCAAGAAUUGUUAAAGGAAUUGGAGAGCGUAUUUUCAGCCAAACAAAUAUCUCUUAACGUCGCUACUCAAAAGGGACAGGAAACGGUUGAACAAAUUAGUAAAACCUGUGAUUUUGUUGAACGCCUAAAUAAAUGUGCUAGUGUGGUUGAAAUAUUGAUGUUUAGAAAGCUUCUCGAUUCGAAGUUGCAAAGCUUGUUGAGUUACAACAUGGAUCAAAGCGUACAGUCGGCUUGCGAGCUAGAAUUCGUCUCAAAUUAUCAAGCGAUUCAAGUUGGUGUUCGUAAUACCUUUGGUUACGUGCGAUCCAACUCGGAAGCCAUUGUAGGACCUAGCAAGCAGCCACCAAUUGCUAGACCUACAGGGGGUAGCAGUUCUAGUGGAAGCAGUGUAAAUGGAAGUUCCGGAAGCUUAAAUAACGGUCCCAUUCAUUGUCCUUUCAGUAUGGCAAAUUCUAGCCAGUCGACUUCUCCCUUCGAGUCCAAUAUUCUCAGCAAAAGAUUUAGCAGUGCCAAUAGCCUAGGACCAUUUUCAACUACUAUUGGAGAUUUAAAUCUCAAUGGCAUUAACCCUUAUGAAAAAUGGUCAAAUGGAGGAACCAAUGAGAGUAUAUUUCAGAAUGGUAUUGACCCUUACGCUUUAAGUGGAUCUACACAUAAUGAUCACAUGUUGGACUUGACAUCAAAGCUAUCAGCAGCUAUAUUUCCCCCAAAGAGUCAAAUUAAGAGGCAAAAGAUGAUUUACCACUGCAAGUUUGGAGAAUUUGGGGUUAUGGAAGGACAAUUCACUGAGCCCAGCGGUGUUGCAGUCAACGCCCAAAAUGAUAUAAUCGUAGCCGAUACAAAUAAUCACAGAAUUCAAAUUUUCGACAAAGAAGGAAGGUUUAAGUUCCAGUUCGGAGAAUGCGGUAAACGCGACGGGCAGCUGUUAUACCCCAAUAGAGUUGCUGUCGUGCGUACUUCCGGAGAUAUUAUCGUUACCGAGCGUUCACCAACACACCAGAUUCAAAUCUAUAACCAAUAUGGACAAUUUGUUCGCAAAUUCGGAGCAAAUAUUUUACAACAUCCGCGCGGAGUCACGGUGGACAAUAAAGGACGUAUUGUUGUUGUCGAGUGCAAAGUUAUGCGCGUUAUUAUAUUCGAUCAAACCGGCGCAGUUCUUCAAAAAUUCGGCUGCUCUAAACAUCUCGAGUUUCCAAACGGUGUUGUAGUGAACGAUAAACAAGAAAUCUUUAUCAGUGACAACAGAGCUCAUUGUGUCAAAGUAUUUAGCUACGAAGGCGUAUAUCUGCGCCAGAUUGGUGGGGAAGGAAUCACCAAUUACCCUAUUGGAGUUGGUAUCAAUGCCAAUGGGGAGAUUCUAAUUGCUGACAACCAUAAUAACUUCAACUUAACGAUUUUCACGCAAGACGGCCAGCUUGUUUCUGCACUGGAAAGUAAAGUAAAGCAUGCGCAAUGCUUCGACGUGGCCCUUAUGGACGAUGGAUCUGUGGUAUUGGCAAGCAAGGACUAUCGCCUGUACAUCUACCGCUACGUACAGGUACCCCCUAUCGGCCUAUAGGCGACUACAUUUGUUCCAGCUACAACCAUUCCCUUCACUUUUUAUUGAUGCAUUUUUGAACAAGGAGUGGUCUUAAAAGCUGGUCUGUUAACGUUUAUUAUUUAGUUGUCGAAAUUAUAACAAUACUUAAAAUUGUAAUAGUUUUGUAUUCGAUGUUGAUAUUUUUAUAUUUUACCGUUUGAAACGAUUGAUGAUAAGUCGAAGCAGACGUGGGUUUUGCUUGAUACAACCCUACACCAAUGUUGAUUGACCAAAUUAUCAAUUUUUAAAACAGGGAUAUUAUUGAAAUUAGACAUGUUAAGCCAAGCAUCGAGGUGCCUGGGCCGUUGUUGUAAUAAUUGAGCAUCAUCGUAUGAUAUGAUAAUGAUCUAUUUUAAUAUGCGUGUAUGUUGUGAAUGUCUUUAGAAAUAGAGCAUUGUUAUUUGCGGAAAGCCGCGUUGUUAGCGACCCUAGUCACCCCACAAACUAUGUUUUAGGUCUUUUAGCUCUUAUAUAAAUGAUCUUUUGCCUUACCUUACCAUUAGUUGGGUUUCAUUUCUAUUCGUAAAAUAAUAUGAAACACGGUUUUUUUUACAUUUGAGCUGUUUACGAAAAGUUAUCAUGAAGUUUCCGUUAACCUGUACAAGUUUCCAGAAUAAAAUACCCUUGAGUAAUUUGUUUUUGUAAACUAUUUAUUUUGGUUUUGUAUAGGUUUAAAAACGAUUUUCGGUCAGGCUCUGGAUCAUUUACCAGUAGGAGCUAGUUAUUGUUCCAUUUUUGUAGUCCUCAUUCGUGAAUCUGGAUAUAUAUUAACGAGUAUCUAUUUUGCGAAUAUGACCAUGCCAUCUGUACGAGACAUCGUGUGCCGUGCCCUAAUGUAAGCUUUUUCAUAUGCCGGCGUUUUGUUUGUUUUAUUUUUUUUUUAUUUAAGUGAAGAUACUGCAAGUGUACAUAUGGUGCAUGCAAUACUUUUCCACCAUUAUUUUUUAUUAUUUUUUUAGUUAGUAGUAGUUUUUUUUAUAUAUUUUGUUUGUUGAUGCUGCCAAGUUUAAGAUAAUGAACGCCCAUUUCAUGUUGGUGCAGGAAGUAUUUUUGGCUUUAGUUAGAUUGCCAAGUUUAGUAGUCGACCAUUUGUUUUUAAUAACAAAUUUAGGAAAUAUGUAAAGGAAUAAUUAUGUAUUUCUUACUUUUUUUGCUAUUAAAAAUUGUUUUUCUGUUUGAUAUUCGAUCACUAUCGACGUCUUCUUGUGCCUCUAAAUAUUUUUAACAAAAAAAAAAUGAAGAAAUGGAAUUCCAGUAAAUAAUUAGUUUGUUCUGUUCUUGUAUUAUUCAUAACUACUUUUAAAUUACAAAAACCUCACCAAAAAAAUCUAGGGGCGUUUUUUGUGUUUCGGCACCCCAAGACUAUUACUUAGUAGCUAGUGUUUUUUUAAGUUUUUUUUAGUUAAUGCUACCAGGGCUUGCAUAGGGUCCCAUUACUGCAUACUCCAAUAUUUUUCUGUUUCUCUAUGUUGUUUAUUAUAUCUAUUAUUGUUUUGUUAUUUUAUAGUUAAUCUAGGCAAUUAGUUAAGAUCCGAAUGAAAAUUACAAUGUAGUUCUGUUGUUUAUUCAUUUAUAGUUAAAAAUUUACUUUUAUUGCGAAUUUAAACAAAUCUCUCUAGCUAGGUUAGAACAAGUUUUGGUGAUAUGGGUUGAAUUUAGGUAAAGACUGAGUAUACAAAAUGUAAAUUCUGGCGCGUUUUUUGUUGUUUGUUGUUUUGAGAGUUCUUUUCAAUAUUGCCAGCAGGGACUAAAAGUAGGGAACUAAGGUUGGUACACAAGCCAUUUUUUAAUCAGUAUUAUCUUAGGAUUAUUGCUAUACGUUUUCAGCUCUAAAUAGAUUUUUCAAAGCUACCUCAGUCAAUAGAACUGCCAAUAGUGACAACAUUACAUAAUACAUUUUUUUUAAUCUGAGGGAAUAAGCAUUUGAAGUAGCCAUCAAGAACAAAACGUUUUUUCUGUUAGUUAAGCAAAAAGUCUCCUUUUUUAUAAAGGAUUUAUUGUUUGACAGGCCUGGUAGUCUCAGCUAAACAGGUGUAUCACAAUAAGGUCAAAAUAAGCAUUAAUGCAAAGUGUUUAUUUUUACUGCAAAAUCAUACAGUUUACUAUAUUUAACUGGAAAAAAAAGCUCUUCACCUCAAGAAGUUCUACUAAACAUAAAUAAGAUCCCUUCACAACCCAAAAGAAAAAAAAUUAUGAAUGUUUUCCAGUUAAAUAUUCCAUUCUGCAAUGUAUAUUUUGGCUGGGUAGUUACUAGCUGCAAUGUUUGAAAUGACUUGAGACCAAAGUACUUAAUGUCAGGUUUCCGUGCAUUAAUGGGACCAGACAGCUCAUUCGGUGCCUUGUCUGACUAUAAUUUAUGCAUUAUUUAUAUUUUUUUACUUGUUGUUAUUUAUGAAAAAAAAAAGGCAUAAAAACCGUGAAGCUGAGAGAUCUCAAUCCUACCUUAGUUUCACUAGUGGCUUGAUUUUAAGCUAAUUCUAGGCCAGUUACAAAAAAAAAAGAUAAAUAUAUUUUUUAUGACUAUUUUGAUAUUUUUGCAUAAAAUGUUAUUUUUGCUUCUGUUUCCGUGAAUUCCUUUUUCAACUGAAACUGAAGAUUAUUUGCUGGUUAGGAUAAAGAAUAUUUUAUAUUUUUAUAAAUAUGUUAAGGAUAUUACAAAAAAAAAACCUCUGGCUCUCAGUAGUUUGGGUUUUGGUUCACAUUUGUGUGUAUUAUUGAUUCGGUUAGGUCGAGUUGGAUUUUGCGACGAAAAAUUAAUCGAAAACAAUUAAAUCGUUACGAAUUAGUUCUAAUUUAUUGCAAUUUGUUAGAUUAAAUUUUUAAUUUUUUCGAUUUUUUUUUCUUUAAUUUUGAUCAUUAUUUUAAUUAAAACAUGCAUACAUUUUCAAGUGUGACCCAAAACCUUUUUCGCUUAAAAUCAAGCCAUACGCAGUACCAGUUUUUACAUUUUAGACAUAUUGUUAUACUAUUAUUAACGGUAAACUUGUUCUUAAUAUCAAUUUUGUACAUUGUUUUGUUUUUUUCUUUGAUUUUUUGUUGUAAAUGCUUUUUUACUUAAUAAUACCAUUAAUUGCAGUUUA